UUAUACUAUUUUUUUUUUCUCUGUUUGAGGAGGUGGGGCAAAGAAAAGUACAUUUGACAGACCGCCAACCACACAGCAGCCAGGACCCACUUCAUUUUAUCUAUCAGUUGCCUUUUUUUUCCAACAAACAUUUCAUCUAUCCCUCCCUAGCAACAACUGUCCUUGUCAUUGUCACAAUACUCAGGUGAGCUCAAUUUUCGUUAUCUAGAGUUGUCUUGCUGACGACGAUUUACACGUUAGACGUGGGGGACACGUGAGAUAUCAAUCAAGAGCGGCCUUGACAGCCUGUUGACAAAGUUCGCCACGCAUCAAUAAAUACCUCCCCAGGUGUACACUCCGUCACACGAGACGACUGUUUGAUUCUGCCUUCUAAAGCUCGCCGGGGCCUCGACACAAAAAUCGCACGGUGUAGUUACCUGUCGUUUUGCUGUGUAUGAUUUUUGGUGUCGACUCAGGUAGGGUUGGUGUGACGGGCUGGUGUUAUCUCGACCUGUCCAAGGAACACUCGAGUUCGAAAUUUGUUUAGGACAGGAGAUAUUGGCUUUAGGGAAGGCUGUUGCUUGCGGAAAUACCUCAGAUACCUGUGAAAGGUAAGAAGAAAGGAACCGACAUGAUGCACGGUAUGACUCCUGAUGACACAGUGGUCUCACGACUGCGGUACUGGAGUGUGACGUCACCAGAGACACCAGCUUUUGUCUACGUCACACCUGACGGCGAGCGUUAUGCUUACUCAAGAAAGGAACUCUACUCCUUGUCACGAAGGGCAGCCACUUGGUUAAGUCAGCGAGGAGUAGGAAAGAAAGAAGUCCUUCUGUGCUUGAUACCAACAUCUCCUGAACAAACAUUUACAUCGCUGGGAGCAACGGUCUUGGGAGCAACGACGAUGUGUACGAUGAUUCAGUAUCGGGACGGUUCCGACAUUGUGCCUGUGAUCAACUGUGGAGAUGUCACAACCAUUGUCGUGGACCAGACAGACAAGCAAGCCAUUAAUGCCUUGGAGACCUUUAUCCCCAACCUGUCACCUGGGUCUGUCACAAGCCCUGCUGCUCCUUCAUUGAAAACUGUCAUCUUCUGCAACCGGUUCCCCAAAGAAUCAGAAUUGUCGUUCCUUGACUCGAUCGCCAUGGAAGAAGAAGCCGAAGUCGUUGACGUGGGUCCUGAUGACCUGGCGACGAUAUUUGUGACAUCUGGAACCUCAGGGCAACCGAAGCUUGUUCCUCGAACUCACAGGCAGGUCAUGGCUAUGGCUGCCCAAGGAAGUAAUAUCUGGAGUGCAUCGGGUGCAGAUGUUUACUACAGCCCGUCCUCGUUUGGGUGGGUGUCUGGCUACCCGAGUGAUUACUGUGGCUUCGCUAAGACACGCGUUGUUCCCUACGUUAAAGGCUCGCGACCAAAAGAUGAAGACAAAUUCCUGUGGAACCUGCUGAUGGAAGAAAAUGUCAAGAUUAUGUUCACAUCGCCCCUAAGGCUUCAAGGUCUGCUUGCACGCGCUGACCUCCUGCAGUCUGACGUCACCUGGCGCGCGAAGGCGAUUAUUUUCCGGGGUAGCGUGAUCCGGAAGGAGUUUGGCAGUGUGCUUGGACCUUUGACCUCCAAGCUGCUCGUGUUCUACGGGUGCACGGAGGUGGGGAUAGUCUCGGAGAAGUUUUAUUUCGGCGAUGAUGCAGAGGUCCAGGAUUGUAACUGUGGCAAGCCUGGGAAAGACCUGCAGGUCAAGAUCGUCGAUGACAAUCUCGAGGAAGUUCCACCGUAUACCAAAGGGGAGAUAAUCAUCAAGCAUAACGGCAUUUUCUCCGGGUAUCUGAAGCAGCCCGAGCUCACAGCAUCAGCAACACCGGAAGAAGGCUGGUUCAGACCUGGCGAUAUUGGCUACAUCAACGACGAAGGCGAGGUCUUUGUCGAGGGGAGAAAAUCUGAAGUCAUUUCAAUCGGCACCUGGAUGAUGCAUCCCCAGCCGCUGGAGUCCCUUCUCAUGAAGUGUCCGGGAGUGCAUGACGUGGCUGUGGUGGCUAUCCCCGACAAGGACUUCGACAACCUUCCGUGUGUGUGCGUCGUGCAGGAUCCCAGACCGGAAGCCCCGCUCCUAGUGCCUGACGAUCUCCUUCGCGCAUGCGCCGAGUAUUUCCAGGACAGUUUUCUCCAGGAGAACAAGUCUCGUGAUGCAGGUGUUCCCAAGGUGUGUCUGGUGUUUGACAAGUUUCCUGUGAAUAUUAACGGCAAAGUUCAGCGAACCGCCUUACGAGCUCUGGCCAUGGAGAGGUUGGGACUACAGAAAACAGUUUGUUAGUAAAAUAAACACUAAAUUUGUUAAAUGGCAUAACUUGUCUGUCAAAUCGUGAUAAAUAUAUCACUAUCCUUAUAAUAAGGAUAUCUGGAUUUUAAUUUAAUAAUCUUUCUCAUAUUCACUUGGUUUUCAAUUCUUUCUCUCUGUUUUCGAGUACGACUGGAACAAUAUUUUAUUAUCAAAAGAAGACCUUGAAUCCGUGAGCCUGAGACUGUGAGAGAGCUUCUUCUAACAAUAACAAUAAUAAUAACAACCAACUUUAUUAGUCCCAAUGGGCAAUUUAAAUGGAAGGUAAACAAACCUGUUGAGAAUAAUAAACGUUUAUUAUAAGGUUUACAAUGUGUUCAACAAAUACCUGUUUUAUAGAGUAUCACUUAAAUAUUUCUAUCUCACUGGUCUACUUCGAAGAAUUUUUUCUUCUUUAGUAGACUUGUUGGACUCGUUAUGGCAACUUUGACAUUUUAAACCUACACAGCGACAGACCAAGACUUCACAUUCAAACAUGCACAUUGCCAAACGCACACACAUCCCCACAUCACCACUAUAUUACUUAUAACGAUUAUUAUAAAAAGUGUGUGUUAUAUUUAUCAUAUAAUUAUAUUAUCAUGUAAUGUUAUAAGAAUGACUGUCCUCUUAAUUGUUAAAUAAAUAUACCAGAACUAUGA